UUAUCACAGGAUGUGGUAAAGCCACAGGAAGAUUCUGAGCAGGAGAGGGACGUGAUCUGACUUAGGUGGUCACAGGGUCCCUCGGGCUGCAUGUGAGAAGCAGACUGGAGGGAGAGAGAGGAACAGGGAGACCAGCAAGGAGGCCCUUACAUUAGUCUAGCCAGGGGGAGGACAGGACUAGGUUGGGGCUGUGGCUGGGAUGCAGAAUGGGCAGAACAGAAGGUGUUCUGCUGGGGCUGCCCUUCUUUGAGAAGGUGGACGUGUGGUCCCUGGGCUGCAUCAUGACUGAGCUGCACCUGGGCUGGCCCCUCUACCCAGCCGGCAAGAUUUGCUGAUGGACAAGGCGUGGGGUGAGAGAGAAAGAGACAGGUCUUAACCCUCAUGGACAUAAGUUCUAGUGGAGACAAACAGAGACAGAGAGACAAGUACGCAAACCAGAGACAAAGGCUGGAGGAGACAGAUAGGGACGUAAACAAGAGAUCAAGAUUCACAGAUGUAGCGACAGUCAGAUGGCAGAUGCAGAAAGACACUGGCCAGAGAUGCCGGGAAGGCUCAGAUCGAGCGGCUGUCCCGGCCCACUUGCCUCCCUCCCUCCCUCCGCUCAGGUCAUCGACUUCGGCUCGGCCAGCAUAUUCAGCGAGGUGCGCUACGUCAAGGGGCCGUAUAUCCAGUCUCGCUUCUACCGGGCCCCCGAGAUUCUGCUGGGGCUGCCCUUCUGUGAGAAGGUGGACGUGUGGUCCCUGGGCUGCGUCAUGGCUGAGCUGCACCUGGGCUGGCCCCUCUACCCAGGCAACAACGAGUACGACCAGGUGCGCUACAUCUGUGAGACCCAGGGCCUGCCCAAGCCCCACGUGCUGCACGCCGCCUGUAAGGCCCACCACUUCUUCAAGCGCAACCCUCACCCCGACGCCGCCAACCCCUGGCAGCUGAAGUCCUCGGCCGACUACCUGGCUGAGACCAAGGUGCGCCCACUGGAGCGCCGCAAGUACAUGCUCAAGUCACUGGACCAGAUAGAGGUGGUGAACGGCGGCAGGGCAGUCCGUCGGCUGACCUUCCCCGACCGCGAGGCGCUGGCGGAGCACGCCGACCUCAAGAGCAUGGUGGAGCUGAUCAAGCGCAUGCUGACGUGGGAGUCGCACGAGCGCAUCAGCCCCAGUGCCGCCCUGCGCCACCCCUUCGUGUCCAUGCAGCAGCUGCGCAGCGCCCAUGAGACCACCCGCUACUACCAGCUCUCGCUGCACAGCUGCCGCCUCUCCCUGCAGGUGGAGGGCAAGACGCCUAUGUCUGCCGUGGAUGCCGCGGAAGACAGGCCCCCCUACUACGGUCUGGCCGAGGAGGAGGAGACCGUGGGUCUGGGCGGCGGGCCUUUGUUCCGGGAGGAGAAGGCACCGGGCGUGCAAAAGGCCAUCGAUCAGCUGGACGACUUGAGUCUGCAGGAAGCGGGGAGUGGGCUGUGGGGCGAGACCCGCACCGACGUCGUCCCCGACGUGCUGGCCCCGCUCAAGGCCGCUGCUGCCGGCCGCUGGGUGCCCGACUCCGGCCCCGAGCCCAUCCUGGCCUUCUACGGCAGCCGCCUGGCAGGCCACCGCAAGGCCCACAAGCCACCCACAGGCUCCAAGUCCAACUUCAGCAACCUCAUCCGGCUGAGCCAGGCCUCGCCCGAGGAAGACGCCCCGUGCAGGGGCGGCGGCUGCGCGGAAGGAGAGCGGCGAGGGGCCUCUGCGGAGCUGCCUGCCAUCCCGCAGUGGGACAGGGAUGGGCCGGACAUCAAGGACAUGACCGUGGAUGCUGAGAGGCCAGGCCAUGAGUUCUUCGACCUCAGCAGCUGUCCUGGGGAAUGGCUGGGUCAGCCAGACUGGACCCUGGAGGGCGUCGGGGGGCCACGGGCUCAGGGGCUCCCACCACGCCACACCCACCCGCAUGGUCCACCCCGGGCCACCAGCUUUGUGCAGCACGUCGGCGGGCACCACUGAUGGUGACUCCACCCCUGCCCAUCACUGGGUGAUGCGCUAGCGGGGCUGGCAUCCCCUCCUCAGAGCUAUCCCCUGAACCGACAAAUUAUUCUUACAGAAAGAUAAUUAUCCAGAAAUGCCCCAUUCCCCCCGCCCCGCUCACAGUGCAUGCCUUGCACACACACCCCAAACACAGGAGGGUUUUGGGGUCUGGCCCGUGGCCCCCUCGGCCAGAGGGACGCAGGAAGGGGGCUGCACCCCACUGGCCCUG